CCCUACUCAUAUCUGGAGUUCCGACUUUCCCGUUCUUCUGAAAUGACUCGAGCCCUAAGGAAAUUGCCAUCUCCUUCCUAAGGAUGGCAUCCACUCGUAGUCGUAAUGAUACUCGAUGUCUGAAAGGGGAUAAGACUUUCUGAGACUUCUAUAAUGCCUUCUGUUUCUUGAGCUCUCCCUCUGGCUGGAAAUCUCUACUGUUCAUAAGCGGUGCCGGGAAGCUCAUAAAAAAUGAUAUAAGAAUGAGUCUGAUAAUUCCAACGGAUAAUCAUCUCUUCAAUGGCCGAGUUCCCCAGAUCCCUCUCUCCGAAGCGAGUUCUGAAGCUCCUCAAAGCGGAGAAAAACCCUCACUCUGCGCUCGCUCUAUUCGACUCAGCGACUCGCCACCCGGGUUACGCUCACUCCCCCAGCGUGUUCCACCAUAUCCUGCGCCGACUCGUGGACCCGCGAUUCAUUGCCCACGUCAGUCGGGUCGUCGAACUGAUCCGAACCCAGAAAUGCCAGUGCUCAGAAGACGUUGCGUUGACGGUGAUCAAGGCCUAUGCGAAAAACUCUAUGGCCGAUAAAGCUUUGGCUGUGUUUCAACAAAUGGACGAUAUUUUUGGCUGUAAACCGGGUAUAAGAUCGUACAACUCCCUUCUCAAUGCUUUAAUUGAGUCACGCCAGUGGGACCGAGCCGAGUCGUUUUUGGCGUACUUUGAGACGGUUGGUGUGACCCCGAAUCUACAAACGUACAAUAUCUUGAUCAAGAUUUCGUGUAAAAAGCAGCAGUUUGAGAAGGCAAAGGCGUUGCUGGAUUGGAUUUGGAACAAGGGUUUGAAGCCUGAUGUGUUUAGCUACGGCACUUUGAUUAAUGGCCUUGCAAAGGCUGGGAAUCCACGAAAUGCGUUGGACUUGUUCGACGAAAUGCCCAUCAGAGGGAUGGAACCUGAUGUUAUGUGUUAUAACAUUUUGAUUGAUGGGUUUUUCAAGAAAGGAGAUUUUGUCAAGGCAAUGGAGAUUUGGGAGAGGUUAUUGGGGGCAUCUUCAGUGUAUCCAAAUGUUGUUACGUAUAAUGUUAUGAUCAAUGGAUUGUGUAAAUGUAGGAUGUUCAACGAUUGUUUGGAAAUAUGGAAUAGGAUGAAGAAAAAUGAGCGGCAUUGCGAUUUGUUUACUUACAGUACUUUGAUACAUGGCUUGUGCGAAGUGGGUAAUGUUGAUGGGGCUGAAAGAGUUUAUAAAGAGAUGGUUGAGAGUGGGGUCUCUCCUGAUGUGGUAUUGUAUAAUUCAAUGCUUAAUGGAUUUUGUCGAGCAGGGAAGGUUAAGGAGGGAUUUGAGUUAUGGGAGAUGAUGGGGAAGGAUGGUUGCCGUAAUGUUGUCAGUUAUAACAUAUUUCUUAGAGGGUUGUUUGAUAGCGGUAAGGUUGAUGAAGCAAUGUCUAUUUGGGAACUCUUGCCGGAGAAGGGUUGCAGUGCAGAUUCAACCACUUAUGGAGUGUUAAUUCAUGGGUUGUGUAAGAAUGGGUACCUGUCCAAGGCUUUAUGGAUUUUGAAAGAGGCUGGAAAUGGGGAAGGUGAUCUCGAUGCUUUUGCGUAUUCCUCGGUUAUCAAUGGCCUAAGCAAAGAAGGGAGAUUAGAUGAAGUGGCUCAAGUUGUGGAUCAGAUGGAUACGCAUGGCUGUAAAAUGAAUCCUCAUGUUUGCAAUGCACUUCUUAAUUGGUACAUCAGAGCUUCCAAACUUGAGGAUGCAAUUCGCAUUUUUGGGGAAAUGGGAGCUAAGGGUUUCUCUCCAACUGUUGUCUCCUAUAACAUUCUCAUAAAUGCAUUAUGCAAAGCUGAAAGAUUUAGUGAGGCGUAUUCUUUUGUGAAGGAAAUGCUGGAGAAGGGCUGGAAGCCAGACAUAAUCACAUGUAGCUUGCUGAUAGACGGACUCUUUCAAGGCAAUAAAAUGGACAUGGCCCUCAACUUGUGGCACCAGUUUCUCAACAAAGCUUUCAAACCUGACGUAACUAUGUACAACAUUAUGAUUCAUGGGCUCUGCUCUGCUGGGAAAGUUGAAGAUGCUUUGCAGCUCUAUUUCAAGAUGAAGCAGUGGAACUGUAUUCCAAAUCUUGUAACCCACAAUACCCUUAUGGAGGGGCUUUACAAAGCCCGAGACUGUGAGAAGGCAUCAGCGAUCUGGGCCCUCAUCUUAAAAAAUGGGUUACAGCCGGAUAUCAUUUCCUAUAAUAUUACUCUGAAGGGGCUUUGUUCUUGCCUGAGGAUAUCAGAUGCUAUUGGGUACUUAAACCAUGCUUUGGAUCACGGAAUUCUUCCAACUGCCAUUACAUGGAACAUACUUGUAAGAGCGGUGCUUAGCAAUGGAGCUUCGACAUGAUUAUCAAAAUAAGUAAUGGGGCUUCGACAUGAUCUGUUUUGACUUAAAAUGGCUUCGAAAUGAACUGAGAGAGCAAAGCCACUAGAAUUGCUCCAAGAACAGCGACCUUUCGCCAAUCAGAAGAAGAGGACAGGAAAGAAUCUGCAAUGCUAAUGACUAUCAGGCUUAUUAAUGCAAGGUAAAUAUUCCUCCUGGUUUUUGAUCCGGCGUUCUCUUUAGUAACCUCUUUUAUCUUCUCCAUUUCCUCUUUUGCUUCUGAUUUUUCUGCAGGUGUCCUUUGCCUCAGGUUCUUGAAGAACAGCCCUUCAUUCCGGUCUUUCUCCAUUUGGCCUUCAAACUCUGCUACCUCGUUUUCAUUCUUCUCAAUCUCUAGUCUGUUCAAUUCUGAGGAUUCCUCAAAGGCCUGCAUGCGGCUCUCUAUAUUCUCCAUUAUCUGCCAAACAGAAAUGAAAAUUGAAAACAAAAUUAAGAAGUUCAACAAACCCUGGCACUAGCUUCAUCCAGUCCUUUGAGGGCAUCUUCUCCAAUCUUGUCAAACUCCGCAUUGGCUUCUUCGCCAAACUGUGAGAGAUAAGCUGACCUUUCAUCCAAGUAGUCGGUGAGACGGACUUUCUGAGCCUGAAGCAUUGCUAUUCUGGCAAGCAGCUCUUGCUUGCGGGUAUCUCCUUUGGGCGAAGAAGCCUCUGAAUUUGAGUCAUCGUUGGGCUUGCUGAGGCACAGGAAAGAAAUCUUUGUGUUGAGGGGUCUUUUUGUGUGGAAAAUUCCAUGUUUGGUUGCAGUGAAAGAGGUUUGAAUGGUUUUGAUGGCUACCAUCUUUUAAUGGCUUUCUUCUUCACGAGAGAUAGAGAGAUAUAUGGUAUGAGAUGUUUUAUACGUACAGUAUUUAGUAUUAAGCCUUUUGAACCUCUCGUUU